ACAAGAGGGGUGAGCUUGUUGAAAAAAAACCAUAUCAUUCUGGCAAAGCCAUCCCCAUGAUGUUUUCGAGCGUAUGGAAAAUUCUUAAGAAACCCUGUCAGAAAUCUGAGACUGUUGCGGGUCAACAUUUCGUUGAAUGCGACAACUGCGAAACGGACUCUGCGCAGUAUUUUUGCAAAUCAUGUACAGGUAACCUCUGCGAAAACUGCAAAACGACGCAUGAAACCAAAAGGUUAACUCAAGAUCAUGUCGUCGUUUUAUUAUCUAAGUAUAAGUCUGACCCGUUUGUGUGUCAAAAUUCCAAGAAAGGAAAAUGUCCUUGUAAAGUCAAGGAAAGCCUAAAACAUGAAAGAGAAAAAAUUGAAUCCCAUUGGGUGCCUUUCCUUGAGAAAAUGCAAGAAGAAGAAGAAUUUAAAAAGACAUUGUUAUCUGAUAAAGUUAGUGAUGUCAAAACUGAAAUUGAAGAGCAUUUUGACCAAAUAAUUGUAAAAAUUACCAGUCGAAAAGAGGAGACCAUUCGCAAUUUCGAAGAGGAGAAACAAAAUGCUACAAACGCUAUUGACAAAACGAUACUUGAAAUCAAAGGGAACACGCGUAAAUUGGAGGAUCGAAAGGAUGAAAUCAGAAACAUCUUAGCCAGAGAGGACGAAGAUUUGCAGAAUAGCAUGUGCAUGAAAAUUAAAGAAGAGAAGCUGACUCCUAACCGUAUGUCUUAUGAGGUUGAAGAUUUCUGUCCAGGUAGUUUGGAGAACAACAUUGUGCAGCAGAUUUUCGGAAAGCCACCAGCUAUUCAUGAAACUGUUCAACAUAAUAGGUUUGUUAACUGGAUGUUUUCGAAGUUAGAGAAAAUCGAAAUAAAAUCGCCAAUAUAAAGAAAUAAAGUUAGUUAUUGCAGACAUGCAUCUCUGUGUCUUCAAAAGGAUAAAAUAAACCGGAUUAAAUAUUCAGGAUCAAGUGGACCAUUCGUUGUCGACUGCACUAUAAUUGUUUGUCAUGUAUUAAUAUGUUUACAAUGUCUCAAGAAACAAACAUCAUUAGGUCACUGGUGCAUGUUUAAAAAAAUGUUUUACGAUAUUUGAAAAGUAUAAAUAUAUCGUUCUUGUGUUUGCAACAAACAAACUAUGAUGGAUUGAACUCAAUCGUACAGGUACUUAAAGAACGAAAAUUUAAAUUGAGUCUGAUUAUUUGAGUGUUAAGGUCAAGAUCUAGUAAACGAAAUGUGCCUACAGGUUCAUUAAAUUUAAGAUGUUAAUUCUUUCAAUGAUGCUUCAUGACAAUAGCUUUGUUUGAUAGGGUGUACUGGGCAUAAAUUUUUUGGUAAAAACAAUAAAAAAUCAUGUUUUAAACCGUCAUUUUCAAUGAAAUAUGCAGGAAAUAAAGAACAAAUUUCGGAGUUUUGUCCAUAUUUGACUAAUGAAAUAUAUUUUGAAUGCCUACAGUCUCCCCAAAAGCAGAAUUAAACAAGCUCUUGAACUCCUCUUUAAAAUGAUGUCAAAUUGAAUAUAGGUAUCGGGAUUACUUUUCCCAUGAUUUAACAUAGAAUGUCAAGAAAUCGUUCGAUUUUCUACAUAAUUCCUUUAAAGCCGCCGUAAAUUAUGAUGUCAGAAUGGUUCUAUCCCCAAAAAGAGUCCCUGGAAUCAUUAUAUAAAUCCAAUUAUCAGUGUAAUAUUUAUAGAAUGUUAAUAUUAAGGCAUUAAGAUAUUCACGUUUAAUGCAUUUUUAUCAUUGCACAAUAGCAGUAUAUAACUAAAUUUACAAACACAAUGCAAUGUAAAAAUAUAUUUAAAACUGAAUUUUACAUGUUUUUCUUAAAAUUCCCAUCCUGUAAAACGAUGCCCAAUGCUGGUUAUAUGUGUAUUAUGCGGAACUUUAUCCUUUUUUUUGUUUAUAAAUUAAAAACAAGAUUACUUUCUCAUUUGGUAUAACAAUGUGUCUUUUAAUAGAAAGUUCCGUUGCUCUAAAUUAAUUCAAUUAAAUAAUUAUGCAUUUCGUUAAUGUUUGGAUAUGAUUUUUUGUAAUAUUGAUCUGUUUAGGUAUCAAUAAAUCAACUUGAUAGGAAAGUUAUCUAUGCUUGAACAAAGCAAUAUGUCGU